AUGUCACAGAUGGUUGCUAGUGAAUGGACGUCUAAGGAGCAGAAGGAGUGGUUAACAGCACAGCUUCCCGGCUAUCAAAAGUGCUCAACUAAAUCUAGCUAUGGAAAGUUCUGGCCCCCCAUCUACGAGCAAUGGGAGCAACAAUGGCCCAUAUAUAAAGAGCUCUGGCCGGAACUUCCUGAUGAGGAUGGUCUGAAUGCCAUACAAUCGGCAGCAAAGGGGAGGGCAGUAAAGAGGCAUCAGAAGCAACUGUGCACCUGGAUGUCGUGGCAUUCGGGUAAUUCCGCAUCUCGCAAAGGCAGAGUGGCGCAAUCUUCCGCAAGGGCCACUCGUUUACUCAAGGACCUCCUCCAGCCUCGGGGUGCAAGAGCUCUGAGCGAGGCCAAAAUGUACUCCCGACUAUAUUAUAAAACCAACAUCCGUCCAACUGUCAAAGCUGCAGUCACACGUCAAUGUUGGGAGCGAGAAGCCAAUGAGACUAUCAUUGUGGACGUCAAGGCCAGGAUGAAAGCAAAGAAGAAAUCGAGGAAGGUGAAUCCUGAUGCCAAUGAUGAAGAUGCCGAGGCUCUGGAGGACGAAGAUGAAGAGGAGCAAUCGCCAACCACCAAGGAUAUGCUUGAAGCACAGGAAAACUUACCUGCUAUCUUCAACACAAUCCUCACAUACCUUGAGCAGCAAACUGGGUUUUCGUUCUUGGUGUUAAUGGGUGGGCCAGAUCCCUCAAACGACAACAAAAUCUCUGUUGCAUCGGUUGAUGUUGGUACCACCAAGCUGGGACAUUCAGCCCCGCAAUUAUUGCCUAACUUCAAGGAACAUUUCCUUGGAGCGUAUCUAAAAUUCCUUCAAGGUGUACAAGGCUAUUCCUCCCCCGAACCUGAGACAAAAGGCGAUGCCAAAGGAGAGGAUGCUGCGGACAAGGGAGAGGCUGGGGAUGGAGACCAGACGGACCUUGAAGAUCAAGACAAAGUAGAUGCUGACCCUUUCGCAGAUGAGCCAGAGGAGGAAAUAGAGGUGUCACAGAGGCAGGGGAAUGUUUUGGAUGGGAGGAAGGAACAUCAAGAGCAGAUUCUCAAUAUUUAUUCGCCUAACUAUGCUAAGCCCAUGCAUGACUCAUUGCAGCCCAUCAACAUGCAUGGCCUCCUGCAGCCUAGGUUCUACCAACUUUGGCAACAAUGCUCACUCUGUGGAUCUCAACCACCUACUCAGCAAUCCUCAACUGUGGACUCUCGGCCCUUCCCUAGCUACCCCCAGCCUAUGGGCUACCCCCAGCCUUUGAACUACCCCCAGCUUUCAAACUACCCCCAGCUUUCAAACUACCCCCAGCUUUCAAACUACCCCCAGCCUGCGAGCUACCCCCAGCAAUCCAGCAGCCAUCUGAGCCAUCCUUCCAUUGCUCACUCUUCUAACGGCUUACCACCAUCACCACCUGCCACCGACAAUUCUCCUUCAUCUUCUUCAGAUGGCUUACUACCGCUGUCACCUAUUCCCACUCCGUCUCUUCCAGACGGCUUACUACCGCUGUCACCUAUUCCCACUCCGUCUCUUCCAGACGGCUUACCACCGCUGUCACCCAUUCCCAUUUUGUCUCUUCCAGACGGCUUACCACGGCUGCCACCUGUUCCCACUCCAUCUCUUUCAGACGGUUUACCACCGCUGCCACCCAUUCCCACACCGUCUCUUUUGGACAGCUUGCCACCGCUGCCACCUGUGCCCACAGGUAAUCCUCCCUCAGUUCCAGCAGGCCUUCCUCAGAAGGCGGCAGGUGGUAAAGCUGAACAUACGGCUUCUACCAGCCAGCCUGAACCCACCACUUGCAAGUCCAGACGUCCACUGAAACCAUCUACUCACAAUGAAACCACUAAUGCUAUUGGCGCUAAUGCCCUCAGCGAAAUGCAGGAGAAGGAAAAUACGGCCACCAUGGGGGGCAAAAAGGCCCAUAAACACGGACUGGAAGCAGGUGGAGAGCCUAUUGCUAAGUACUGCGCACACUUCGUCGGAAAUAAUGGCCACUGA